UUUUUAUUUUUAAGGUUUAGCAAGUUCUUAAGUUGUGCUUGUGGGGUCUCCCCCCUUUUCUCGGUGCGGACUUACUUUUUCCGCUCGGGAGCUCAAGUGUGCGCGAGUUUUUUCUACAGCGCUUUUCUCUCGUCCGUGAGUUGGUUUCUCUUCUAUUUUUACGUUUCUAAGGUGAAUGGUGAGGAAACUUUCGUCCUAACAGAACAUAAGCCCCAAACAAAAAUAGAAUAAAAAGCAAAAAUAAAAGUAACUAAAAAUAAAGCUCGGACUCGGAAAACAGAUUAAAAAGUAGAAUCGCCCGUAACUUGAUAUUUAUAACACAUUUUAUUAUUUUAAUUUUACAUCUCUUUAAAAAUACUGUUUUUUCAAUAAAAUUUUAUUUGGAUACUUGGAAAAAUUAGUAAAAGCUUCAUAAAGAAUUUAUCUUACUCAUGGUUUUAUCGUUAAAAACAAUUUUCAUAAUUUCAUCGUACAAGAGAAAAUUUCUUUGCUUUUUAUUUAAAUUGUGAUGCGGCUUACAGAAAAUUUUUCAAAUUUUAAGUAUGAAAUGAAAAACUAUUUUCGCUUGCUGUAAAUAUUCACAAGCCGGUUUUAAAAACAAUAAUUGCUUACCUUAUAACACGUGAGUUUUAUAGCAACAAAUUAUCACAUGGACUGGAGAAAUCCUUUCUUUCGACAACGUUAACGUCGAGCUUGUACUCGUUUGUUUAGUGCUAUAACACUAACAACACUACGUUUGAUUUGUUUCUUACUUGUAUUAAAUUCUAAAUUUACUUAAUAAAAAGUUUAUUAAUUAAUAUUGACAAUACUGUAUUCAACUACAAGAGUGUUGACGUACAAAAGUAUUUUAAACUGAGAAAAUGGAGAUAAAAGAAGAGUUAGAUACAAAAGAUUUCGAUUUUACUUUUGAAAAAAGUAAAGAAAAUUUUGCUGUUGUAUUAAAGAAUUGCAAGAAAGAAUUAAAAACGGAAGAUAAGAAGUUUUGUGCAAGAAUUAAAGCAGAACCUUUAGAAUAUGGAAACGAUAAUAAUACAGAGAUAAAUUUUUACGAAAAAUCAAAAACUAACACAAACUCUUUUAAUCGUUGGAGUAAUUCCGGUUAUAACAAUGAAAUAGAUAUGAAGAAAGAAGUAAAAGAGAAUUGUGAUGUAAAACACGGUAUAAAAUCGGAAUGUAAAGGUGAUUUGAAAAAAUUAAAAAUUGAAGUAAAAACUGAAGAUUGUAAAGAUAUUCAUCUUCUAGCUGAUAAUGAACAGGUAAUGCCUGUCAAGAAAGAAUACUUCACUCCAAACGAAAAUUUUAACAACAAUGAAUUGAACGUUAAAAAUAUCAAGAAAGAAGAAGUAAAAGAGAAUUAUGAUAUAAAACAUGGUAUAAAAUCAGAAUGUAAAGUUGUUUUGAAAAAAUUGAAAUUUGAAGUAAAGAGGNAAUUUUUAACACGAAAAUUUUGA